GGGCGGCAGCCUUUGCAGCAGCGACGUGCCUUUCCCUCCCCCAUGUACCUUCUGGGGCUUUCCUCCCUUUUCCGUCUUCCUCCUUCCCGGGAAGUGAAUUGCUGAUGCGGAUCGGACCCGAUUCAUUAAAGAUGCAGCCGGAUUCGUUGCGGGAUUGUGUUGCACGAGUUGAAUUUUGAAUGAAGGAGAAGAGUUGUAUUUUGUUUUCUUCUUUUUUAAAGAAGUCCUGACUCUUUGGUUCGCUGUACUUUUAAUUAUUAUUUUAUUUAAAUAUACGACUUAAUUGUAUUCUUCCUAAGAUGUAUAAAAGAUCUAUUUUAUGGUAACUUUCCUUCCCAAUUCAUGCAUCUGUGCGGGAUCGAAGACGCUUCGGUAAAGGGAGCUUCCUGGCGUGUCGCGGUGUCAUUCAGCACCGGCCGUGCAUGACACUUGUGUGCAGGACGAGGGGUUUAUUUUUAAAACCGCACCUUUUAAAAUUUAGGAUCAGAUACUCGUAGUGCAAACCGUAAUACUCAUUGAAGGGAAAAGCGGUGGACCCCAAAGCAAACAUGUCUGGGGAAGUGCGUUUGAGGCAGUUGGAGCAGUUCAUUUUGGACGGGCCGGCUCAGACCAAUGGGCAAUGCUUCAGUGUGGAGACGCUGCUGGAUAUACUCAUCUGCCUUUAUGAUGAAUGCAAUAAUUCUCCACUGCGAAGAGAGAAGAACAUUCUUGAAUACUUGGAAUGGGCCAAACCAUUUACUUCUAAAGUAAAACAGAUGCGCCUACAUAGAGAAGACUUUGAGAUAUUGAAGGUGAUAGGUCGAGGAGCUUUUGGAGAGGUUGCUGUAGUGAAACUAAAAAAUGCAGAUAAGGUAUUUGCCAUGAAAAUAUUGAACAAAUGGGAAAUGCUGAAAAGAGCUGAGACAGCAUGUUUUCGUGAAGAAAGGGAUGUAUUAGUGAAUGGAGAUAAUAAAUGGAUUACAACUCUGCAUUAUGCUUUCCAGGAUGACAAUAACUUAUACCUGGUCAUGGAUUAUUAUGUUGGUGGGGAUUUGCUUACUCUGCUCAGCAAAUUUGAAGAUAGAUUGCCUGAAGAUAUGGCUCGAUUUUACUUGGCCGAGAUGGUAAUAGCAAUCGAUUCUGUUCAUCAGCUGCACUAUGUGCACAGGGACAUCAAACCUGACAAUAUAUUGAUGGAUAUGAAUGGACAUAUUCGAUUAGCAGAUUUUGGUUCUUGUUUGAAGCUGAUGGAAGAUGGAACGGUCCAGUCCUCAGUGGCUGUUGGAACUCCAGAUUAUAUCUCUCCUGAAAUCCUUCAAGCCAUGGAAGAUGGGAAAGGGAGAUAUGGGCCUGAAUGUGACUGGUGGUCUCUAGGGGUCUGUAUGUAUGAAAUGCUUUAUGGAGAAACACCAUUUUAUGCAGAAUCUCUGGUGGAGACGUAUGGAAAAAUCAUGAAUCAUAAAGAGAGGUUUCAGUUUCCAGCUCAAGUGACUGAUGUGUCUGAAAAUGCUAAGGAUCUUAUUCGAAGGCUCAUUUGCAGCAGAGAACACCGACUUGGUCAAAAUGGGAUAGAAGACUUUAAGAAACACCCAUUUUUCAAUGGAAUUGAUUGGGAUAAUAUUCAAAACUGUGAAGCACCUUAUAUUCCAGAAGUUAGUAGCCCAACAGAUACAUCGAAUUUUGAUGUGGAUGAUGAUUGUUUAAAGAAUUCUGAAACGAUGCCCCCACCCACACAUACUGCAUUUUCUGGGCACCAUCUGCCAUUUGUUGGUUUCACAUACACUAGUAGCUGUGUUCUUUCUGAUCGGAGCUGUUUACGUGUCACAGCCGGUCCUGCGUCCCUGGACCUUGAUGUCAGUGUCCAGAGGACUCUCGACAACAACCUGGCAACCGAGGCGUACGAGAGGAGAAUCAAGCGCCUCGAACAGGAAAAGCUUGAGCUGAGUAGAAAGCUUCAAGAGUCAACACAGACUGUUCAAGCUCUACAGUAUUCAACUGCUGAUGGUCCACUAACAGCAAGCAAAGAUUUAGAAAUAAAAGCCUUAAAAGAAGAAAUUGAAAAACUAAGGAAACAAGUAAGAGAAUCAAGUCACUUAGAACAACAACUUGAGGAAGCCAACUCUGUGAGGAGAGAGCUAGAUGAUGCUUUUCGACAAAUCAAGGCUUAUGAAAAACAAAUCAAAACACUACAACAAGAAAGGGAAGAAUUAAACAAGGAACUAGUCCAGGCUAGUGAGCGAUUAAAAAACCAGUCCAAAGAGCUGAAAGACGCACACUGUCAGAGGAAACUGGCCAUGCAGGAAUUCAUGGAGAUCAAUGAGCGGCUAACAGAAUUGCACACCCAAAAACAGAAACUUGCUCGCCAUGUCCGAGAUAAGGAAGAAGAGGUGGACCUGGUGAUGCAAAAAGUUGAAAGCUUAAGGCAAGAACUGCGCAGAACAGAGAGAGCCAAAAAAGAGCUGGAAGUUCAUACAGAAGCUAUGGCUGCUGAAGCAUCUAAAGACAGGAAACUGCGUGAACAGAGCGAGCACUAUUCUAAGCAACUGGAAAAUGAAUUGGAGGGACUAAAGCAAAAACAAAUUAGUUACUCGCCAGGACUAUGCAGCAUAGAACAUCAGCAAGAGAUAACCAAACUAAAGACUGAUUUAGAAAAGAAAAGUAUCUUUUAUGAAGAAGAAUUGUCUAAAAGAGAAGGAAUACAUGCAAAUGAAAUUAAAAAUCUGAAGAAAGAACUUCAUGAUUCAGAAGGCCAGCAACUUGCUCUCAACAAGGAAAUUAUGAUUUUGAAAGACAAAUUGGAAAAAAACAGGAGAGAGAGUCAAAGUGAAAGGGAAGAAUUUGAAAAUGAGUUCAAACAACAGUAUGAACGAGAAAAAGUAUUAUUAACUGAAGAAAAUAAAAAACUGACAAGUGAACUUGAUAAGCUCACCACUUUGUUUGAGAACUUAAGUAUGCGCAACCAGCAGUUAGAAGAAGAGGUAAAAGACCUAGCAGACAAGAAAGAAUCAGUUGCACAUUGGGAAGCCCAAAUCACAGAAAUAAUUCAGUGGGUCAGUGAUGAAAAGGAUGCACGAGGGUAUCUCCAGGCCUUAGCUUCUAAAAUGACAGAAGAGUUGGAAGCUUUGAGAAAUUCCAGCUUGGGUGCACGAGCAACAGAUAUGCCCUGGAAAAUGCGUCGUUUUGCAAAACUGGAUAUGUCAGCUAGGCUGGAGUUGCAGUCAGCCCUGGAUGCAGAAAUAAGAGCUAAGCAGGCCAUCCAAGAAGAGCUGAAUAAAGUUAAAGCAGCUAACAUCAUCACAGAAUGUAAACUAAAAGAUUCAGAGAAGAAGAACUUGGAGCUACUCUCAGAAAUCGAACAACUGAUAAAGGACACUGAAGAGCUUAGAUCUGAAAAGGGUAUAGAGCACCAAGACUCACAGCAUUCUUUCUUGGCAUUUUUGAAUACGCCUACCGAUGCUCUGGAUCAAUUUGAAACCGAUCCCGUUGAGAACACAUAUGUACGGAAUCCGAACGUCAAGGUUAACAUCCAGUCAAGGUCCACAUCUCCUUCCACAUCUAGUGAAGCUGAGCCAGUUAAGAUUGUAGACAGUACUCCUCCUCCAGUUCACACACCAACCUUAAGGAAAAAGGGAUGUCCUGGUUCAACUGGCUUUCCAGCUAAGCGCAAGACCCAUCAGUUUUUUGUCAAAUCUUUCACUGCCCCUACCAGAUGUCACCAGUGCACCUCUCUGAUGGUGGGUUUGAUAAGACAGGGCUGUUCCUGUGAAGUGUGUGGAUUUUCAUGUCAUAUAACUUGUGUAAACAAAGCUCCAACUGCUUGUCCAGUCCCGCCUGAGCAGACAAAAGGGCCUCUGGGGAUAGAUCCGCAGAAGGGAAUAGGAACAGCAUAUGAAGGUCAUGUCAGGAUCCCAAAGCCAGCUGGAGUGAAGAAAGGAUGGCAAAGAGCAUUGGCUGUGGUUUGUGACUUUAAACUCUUCCUGUAUGAUGUUGCGGAAGGAAAAGCAUCUCAGCCCAGUGUCGUGGUCAGUCAGGUGAUUGACAUGAGGGAUGAAGAAUUUUCUGUGAGUUCAGUCUUGGCUUCUGAUGUUAUUCAUGCAAGUCGAAAAGAUAUACCCUGCAUAUUCAGAGUCACUGCUUCCCAGCUCUCGGCGUCUGACAGCAGGUGUUCGGUCCUGAUGCUCGCGGAGAGCGAGAGCGAGAGGAACAAGUGGGUGGGCAUGCUCAGUGAGCUGCACAAGAUUUUGAAGAAAAGCAAAUUCAGAGACCGCUCAGUCUAUGUUCCCAAGGAGGCUUAUGACAGCACUCUGCCCCUCAUUAAAACAACCCAGGCAGCUGCAAUCAUAGAUCACGAAAGGAUAGCGCUGGGCAAUGAAGAAGGGUUGUUUGUUGUUCACGUCACCAAAGAUGAAAUUAUUAGAGUUGGUGACAAUAAGAAGAUACAUCAGAUUGAACUCAUUCCAAAUGAUCAGCUUGUUGCUGUGAUCUCAGGACGAAAUCGUCACGUGCGACUUUUUCCCAUGUCAGCUUUGGACGGACGAGAGACUGAUUUUUAUAAACUGGCAGAAACUAAAGGGUGUCAGUCCAUAACUUCUGGCAAAGUGUGCCACGGAGCUCUCACAUGCCUGUGUGUGGCUAUGAAAAGGCAGGUCCUCUGUUAUGAACUAUUUCAGAGCAAGACCCGUCACAGAAAAUUUAAGGAAAUUCAAGUGCCAUAUAAUGUGCAAUGGAUGGCGAUCUUCAGUGAACAACUCUGCGUGGGAUUCCAGUCGGGAUUCCUCAGAUACCCCUUGAAUGGGGAAGGAAGUCCGUACAGCAUGCUCCAUUCAAAUGACCACACACUAUCAUUUAUUGCACAUCAGCCGAUGGAUGCCAUCUGUGCAGUUGAGAUCUCCAGUAAAGAGUAUCUGCUGUGUUUUAACAGCAUCGGGAUAUACACCGACUGCCAGGGCCGGAGAUCGAGACAGCAGGAACUGAUGUGGCCGGCAAAUCCUUCCUUUUGUUGUUACAAUGCACCGUAUCUCUCGGUGUAUAGUGAAAACGCAGUUGAUAUCUUCGACGUGAACUCUAUGGAAUGGAUUCAGACUCUCCCACUCAAAAAGGUUCGACCCUUAAACAGUGAAGGAUCACUAAACCUUUUAGGGCUGGAGACAAUUAGAUUAAUAUAUUUCAAAAAUAAGAUGGCAGAAGGGGAUGAACUGGUGGUUCCUGAAACAUCGGACAAUAGUCGGAAGCAGAUGGUUAGAAACAUCAACAACAAACGGCGCUUCUCCUUUAGGGUCCCAGAAGAGGAGAGGAUGCAGCAGAGGAGAGAGAUGCUGCGAGAUCCAGAAAUGAGAAAUAAAUUAAUUUCUAACCCAACUAAUUUCAACCACAUAGCACACAUGGGCCCAGGAGAUGGGAUACAGAUCCUAAAAGACCUGCCAAUGAACCCUCGGCCCCAGGAAAGUCGGGCGGUGUUCAGUGGCUCAGUCAGUAUUCCAUCCAUCACCAAAUCCCGCCCUGAGCCCGGCCGCUCCAUGAGCGCCAGCAGCGGCCUGUCAGCGAGGUCCUCUGCACAGAACGGCAGUGCAUUAAAGAGAGAAUUCUCUGGAGGAAGCUACAAUGCAAAGUGGCAGCCCAUGCCUUCCCCGUCAGAGGGCUCCUUGUCUUCCGGAGGCAUGGACCAGGGAAGUGACGCCCCAGCCAGGGACUUUGACGGAGAGGACUCAGAUUCCCCAAGGCACUCCACAGCUUCCAACAGCUCCAACCUAAGCAGCCCGCCCAGCCCAGUGUCGCCCCGGAAGACCAAGAGCCUCUCCUUGGAGAGCACCGACCGCGGGAGCUGGGACCCGUGAGCGGCUUCGGUGCUCGGAGUGGACGCCAGAGCAGCUUCUCCCUCUCAGCCCCCUCCACUGCCCUGUCUCCACAUCCGUCCCCCGCCCCUGCCUGGAAGGCCCAGGGCCAGCGGCAGGAGCAGGGUGGGGGCUCAGGGACGCAGACGAUUGCACCUACAGCCCCAUGCCCCCCACAUCCCCUGCGCCCCCUCGACUUAAUAACCACCACCAUCAAGGCAGACUUCCACUGAGCAGCUUCGAUGAAUAUCGAUUCCAUUUCAUACACUUAGAGUUGCUUCCCAUCAUCGUGUCCCCCUCCCUGAAGGUAGCUCGAGUAGACAGACCUCGCAGACAUGCGCAGGAAGAACGUCAGGCAGACUGGUUUUCCACGGCAGAGUCUCAGCGCCCCGGGCAGCACAUGGGUCCCCCCGCCGGCCCCCCGCCCUCCUCCAGCACCCACAGCCAAUGUCGACCUGAUCGUUGCCAGUAAAUCCUUAUUCACUAAAACAGUGCAUAUUUUACUACAAUACAGAUUUUAAAUAAGUACACAAAUGUAGAGGUUAAAUACUGAAUGUAUAUAGUAAAAAGCAUCUUGUAUUCAGCAAAAGAUGGAUUCCUAUAUAAGAGAGAGAUCAUUUAAUUUAAAGAAAUGUGUUGUUUCUCGUCUGUUUUCCAGCUAAGUAAUUUAAAGGGUAGGAAGGCCUCAAGCUGACAUUCUAGACCUUGGUAGACAGUGCAAAGAGUCAGAGUUCCCUCUCUGGUCGCAGCCACGGUCCCCAGGGGCUGCAGGAAAACAUUUCGAAACCCGGUCUGACCGCUCUCGAUUCAGGCCCAAGCACCAGACCCAGCCCAGGACGCCUCUUCAGCAGCAGCGUGAACAGGCAAAUUUACUUCCAGAUCUUUCGCUAGUGGUAGAAUUCGAACCACACUCCUCAGUUCUACUGUAUUUUGGUAUCUUCUGCAGAUGAAUGUAGAAAUGUGGUCUCGUCACCUCCUGAGUCCUUCCUUUGAAAGCACGCAAGCGGUGUCAUGGCUUCUGAAGGUCCCUAAAAAGGUUCCUAGACGUGCUUUCCUCCUGGGCUAACCCUGUUUCUCCCUGCAUUGCCACGAGGUAUUCUUGGCCAGGGCCCCCCUCAGAGAAGCCCUAGAGUUUAAUUACCAAAUAAUAGAAAACCUCAAAUGCAAGGACUUGCACAGCCUUAACCAAAUACUCUUCCCCGCCCCCGGGAGAAAACAGAAGCGUAGGGCCUGCCAGGCAGGUGCCCCGGCGGCACUCCUGCUGUUCCCACCAACACUGGGAAGCGAGUGCGCACCCCGGAGGGCUGGAGUCCUUCACAGUUAGUUCCUCAGUUAAGCACAUGAGCAGAGAAAGAAAUAAAAAUAUCUCAUGGAAGUAA